GCGGCCGCGCAGCCUGGGCCUGGGGCCUGGCGGGCUGGGCUUAGGGCGCGCGGGAGGGAAAGGGCCGGUCCCGGCAGAGCGCCCGGGAGCGCGAGGGCCUGAGCGGCGUCGCCUGCCGCCGUGGGCCCCCUCCGCCCGCGCUCGGCCGCCGCCACCUCAGCUGUGCCUGGGCCGGACCGGGCCCCGGGGAAACGUUUUUCUUAGGUGACUCUCUUCCCCUUCUUCUACUUGCUGGCUGAGUAAGAACUGGAAACAAGAUGUAACUUGCUGGUGGCAGUGCUUAGCCACGAAGAUGUACCCACAUAAUGUUAGCUAUUCAAUGCCCAGGAAUCAGAAGACAUGUAUUUGCAUCUCUGGUUUUGCCAUUUCUUAGUUGACUUGACUUUCACUGAGUAUGUUUCUUCAUCACUAAAAUUGAGGUAUUUUUCUUACCAUCUGUGGAAACGUCAUAAUUCAUUUUUCCUAACUGCAGUAUUAAGAAUUACACCAAAUUGAAAAGAUAUGAAUGAGUAUCCUAAAAAAAGAAAAAGGAAGACUUUACAUCCUUCUCGUUAUUCAGAUUCCUCUGGAAUAAGCAGAAUUGCAGAUGGAUUCAAUGGGAUUUUUUCUGAUCAUUGUUACAGUGUCUGCUCUAUGAGACAGCCAGACUUAAAAUAUUUUGACAACAAAGAUGAUGAUUCUGAUACUGAGACAUCAAAUGACUUGCCAAAAUUUGCAGAUGGAAUCAAGGCCAGAAACAGAAAUCAGAACUAUCUGGUUCCCAGUCCUGUACUUAGAAUUAUAGACCACACUGCCUUUUCUACAGAAAAAUCUGCUGAUGUAGAAAUUUGUGAUGAAGAGUGUGAUUCACCCGAAUCAGUCAACCAACAAACUCAAGAGGAGAGUCCUAUAGAAGUUCACACCGCCGAGGAUGUCCCCAUUGCUGUAGAAGUGCAUGCAAUUUCGGAGGAUUAUGACAUAGAGACAGAAAACAAUUCUUCCGAGAGUCUCCAAGACCAAACUGAUGAAGAACCACCAGCUAAACUUUGUAAAAUUCUUGACAAGAGCCAAGCUUUGAAUGUGACUGCCCAGCAGAAAUGGCCUUUACUGAGAGCUAAUAGCAGUGGCCUCUAUAAAUGUGAACUUUGUGAAUUCAAUAGUAAAUAUUUUUCUGAUUUAAAACAGCAUAUGAUCCUGAAACAUAAACGUACUGAUUCAAAUGUGUGUCGAGUAUGCAAGGAAAGCUUCUCUACCAACAUGCUUCUGAUCGAACAUGCCAAACUACAUGAAGAGGAUCCCUACAUCUGUAAAUACUGCGAUUACAGGACAGUAAUUUUUGAGAACCUCAGCCAGCACAUUGCAGACACCCACUUUAGCGAUCACUUGUAUUGGUGUGAGCAGUGUGACAUGCAGUUCUCCUCAAGCAGUGAACUCUACUUACAUUUCCAGGAGCACAGCUGUGAUGAACAGUACUUGUGUCAGUUCUGUGAACAUGAAACGAAUGAUCCAGAAGACUUGCAUAGCCAUGUGGUAAAUGAGCAUGCGUGUAAAUUAAUAGAACUAAGCGAUAAGUAUAACAAUGGAGAACAUGGACAAUACAGCCUCUUAAGCAAAAUUACCUUUGACAAAUGUAAGAACUUCUUUGUAUGUCAAGUAUGUGGUUUUCGGAGUAGACUUCAUACAAAUGUUAACAGGCAUGUUGCUAUUGAACAUACUAAAAUAUUUCCUCAUGUUUGUGAUGAUUGUGGGAAGGGCUUUUCAAGCAUGCUAGAAUAUUGCAAGCAUUUAAAUUCACAUUUAUCUGAAGGGAUUUAUUUAUGUCAAUAUUGUGAAUAUUCAACAGGACAGAUCGAAGAUCUUAAAAUUCAUCUAGAUUUCAAGCAUUCGGCUGACUUACCUCAUAAAUGUAGUGACUGCUUGAUGAGGUUUGGAAAUGAAAGGGAAUUAAUAAGUCACCUUCCAGUCCAUGAAACAACUUGAUUAUUCUCUUUGACUUACAUAAUGUUUUUGUAAAAUAAUAAAUUCAACUUUUUUUGAGAUGUUAAAAUGGGUAAUUUUAAACACAUCUUAUGAGAUUUGCCUUUUAACAAGUAACAUUUUCCAGUAUGUAAUUAUACCUUAGGUGUGGUAUUUUCAAUUGCAUGGUAGUAUAUAGUUUUAAUCAUUCUUCGUGACUGUAAUCUGCAUGUGGUCCAGUUUUAUGAAUUGAGAAGAAACAGAUGUACUGAAAAAACUAUCCAGUUUUCCUUCCUUAACCCUGGGUGCUGUUAACCUUUUUAAACACAAAACAAGCUUAUUUUUUUGUGUAUAAAGUCAUUAAAUUAUUGUACUACCAGAACUAAAAGAACAUACACAUUUAAGUCCAUUCACACUCCCAUUAAUAAGAAACCAACCCCGCCUUUUGUAGUCCCCAUCAGAUAUUAACCCCUAAGCAAUCAGUAGACUGAUUAAUAACAGUAGGAAGUCUUUAUUAUAGAAGGGGGGAAAUGCCAUUUUCUUGGCAGUUUUUCAUUUUUUUUAAACCCCUAUCAAAUAAUUUAAGAUGGGGAGAUGGUAAGACAAUAGAUAAUUUUUAAAAAUUAACCAUUUCACAACCAAUUAACAUUUUAUCUUCAGUUAUAGAACUAUGAAGAUAUGCCCACCUUCUUUCUUUUUUUUUUGGUACCAGAAAUUGAACCCCCAGCACACUUAGCCACUGAGCCACAUCCCCAGCUCUUUUUAUUUAUUUAGAGACAGGGUCUCACUAAGUUGCUAAGGCUCACUUUGAACUUGGCAUCCUUCUGCCUCACCCUCCCAAGCCAAUGGGAUUACAAAUGUGGGCCACCACCCCUGGCUAAUGCCCGAACUUAUGAUACCAAAUUGAUCAUUGAGAAAACCAUAACUAUUAAGUUAGGAAGAUCUGGGUAAUAAGGGGUUGCUGGCAUGAUUAAUGUAUAAAGGGCUGGGGAGAUAGCUCAGCUGGUAGAGUGCUUGCCUCGAAAGCACAAGACCCUGAGUUCGAUCCCCAGUACCGCAAAAAAAAAAAAAUGUAUAAAUUACUUCUGAUAAUGCUAAAUUAGCUUUAUGAUUUUUAUUUACUGUAGCAACCUUAAAUUACUACAGACUGAGUUGCUUAAAUAGCAGUUUAUUGAACUUCUGAAGGACAGAAGUUCAAAAUCAAGGUUUUGGCACAGUUUGUUCCUUCUGUGAGGGAAUAAUCUGUUCCAGACCCCUCUCUUUGGCUUAUGCAUGGUCAUAUUCAUGUUAAUAGGGUAUUCUCUCUGUAUGGAAGUCUUGUUUCCAAAUUUCCUCUUUAUAGACUUAACAGUCAUGCAUUAGGGCCUGUACUACCAGCUUCAUUUUAAUUUGAUAAAGAUUCAGUAAGGCCUAAAGUACUGGGGAUUAGGACUUCUAACAUAGGAAUUUGGGGGGCCAACCAGAGUUCAUAGCUUCUAAAAUAGUAUCAAGAAGAGAGAAUUUUUAAAAAUGUUUGUAUUAGUGCAUUAUGAUUAUCCAUAAUAGUGGGGUUUAUUGUGACAUUCAUACAUGCACAAAGUACAAUUUGUUACAUUUCAUUUCCCAGUACAUUCCUUUUCCCUCCCUCCAUCCUUCCCGAGUCCCCUUCCUUUGCUUUAAUGAUGUAAAAAGAUAGAAUUGUACUUUUUUUUUCUUUUUUCAAUACUGGGAAUUGAAUCCAGGGACACUGUACCACUGAGCUACGUCUGCAGCCCUUUUUAUUUUUUGAGACAGGGUCUUGCUGAAUUGCUAUGGCUGUGUUCAAACUUUGAUCCUUCUGCAUUAGCCUCCUGAGUCGCUGGAAUUAUGCCUGAUGUCACUCUCAUAUUUAACAAGCAUUGCUGCAAACUGUUAUUUCCCAGAGGUAUUGAUACUGUCAAAAAGACCAAUUUACAAUCAGGGAAUUUGGUUUUAUUUUGAGAAGGGUGACUGCAACAAAUAUCCUCAAAUCCAUCCCAUCAUUUUGCUGGUCAUAGUGAUUCAUUCUGUAAUCCCAGCUACUCAGCAGGCUGAGGCAAGAGGACUGCAAGUUCAAGGCCAGCCUGGGCAAUUUACCAAGCUACUAUCUCAAAAUAAUAAUAAAACCUUAUUUCUAUUUUUGUCAUAGAAGCAUACUUAAGUUCCUAAAAACUCAACAUUCCAUCUGAUUAUAAUAUUCCUGGUAGGACUGUGCUGGUACAAAUUUUCUCAGAAGACCUAAAAUUUUAGCAGUUUUGUAUGUAAGAGAACCUUAGAAAUCCUCCAGUUUUCUAAGUUUUUUUGGUACUGGGAUUGAACCCAGGAGAGAGUUGCUAUUGAGUGACAUCUCCACACUUUCUAUAUUUUAUUUUGAGAUGGGCCUCACUAAGUUGUUGAGGGUUUUAUUCAAUUGCCAGGCUGGCCUCAAACCUGUGAUACUCCUAUCUCAGCCUCCCAGAUUGCUGACAUUACAAGUGUAUGCCACAACAGCAACCCAGUUUCCUACAGGAACAGGUUGUUAAAAGACCAAGGACACAUACCCGCCUACAGCACACAGGCAUGGAAUCCUAGUCAUUUGGCUUACGGCCUAGUGGUGUCUCCAUUACACCAUGUUACGUAAAUCUAAUCUUUGUCCUUGGGGUGUUUUGCAUGAGUACUUCACCUAGCCAUUCACCUAACUUCUUGAUAAUUGUUUUUCAUACUUUUUGAUACAUAUCUGCCUUUGGGAAUUUGAUUUUUAGGAAGCAAACCAAAAUGCCUUGGUGUUUAAAAAAAAAAAAAUAGCAUGGCCAUGCAGGCCUGUAAUCCUCA